AUGGCCAUUAACGCCGACGCCAUUAAAGAAGAAGUUGAACUGAUCUCCGAGAGUGAUGAGGAAAGUUUUUACACAGACGUGGAGCUGGAUGAUGAUGAUGAUGAAGAUGAUGAUGAGGAGGACCCGGAUGAAGACAGUGAUACUGAAGGACUCCCACUCACUUCAGAGUCUGCAGAUACCUCCGCCCCCCUCUCACCAAGCGGGCGUCACACUCCACCUUGCAGCAUACCUCGAGUCCGCGGCACAACUAGAGGCCGCAGAAGUAUUAAAGUCCGCAGCAGAUCCAGAGACCGCAGCAGAUCCAGAGACCGCAGCAGAAGAGCAAUGACCAUUCUCUGCAAAAACACCAACAAACAGGCGGCGAGGAACCUCGCAAAGGGGAAGAAAUACACGUGGACCAAUGUGCAAGAAGCAGAGAUGUACAAAUUUGUUGGACUUGUAUUUUAUUUUUCUCUGGUGAAGGUCUCUGAUGUGUCAGACUACUGGAGACAAAACUCCAUUUUCAGUAUUGCGUUUCCCGCCAAAGUGAUGUUUCGUGAGCGGUUCCAGGCCAUCUUCUGGAACAUCCACAUGAGCGACCCGCACAGGGAUCGCGAUAACGACCAGAAGAAAGGAACCCCCCAGUACGACAAACUGUUCAGACUCAAGCCCCUUCUGGACACCCUCACAACGGCCUGUAAAUCCCAUUAUCACCCAAAACAAAACAUUUCGAUCAAUGACAGGAUGGUGGCGACAAAGAGAAAGAAGAGGAUGACUCCGUACACUCAGGCUAAACUCACAAAGUGCUUCAAACUCUUUGUGUUAGUCGACAGCAGCAACGGCUACACGGUGGACUUUAACAUCUACACAGGGAAGUCCCAGUUCCCCUCUGGUGUGGGGAUAGGAUACGAUGCUGUUAUGUCUCUGACAAACCCCUCCUUCCUGGGCGGCGGGUACCACCUGUACGUAGAUGACUACUACACCACCCCCAAACUGUUCAGGGACCUCCUCAGUGUGAACAUUGGUGCUUGUGGCAUGUACAGGGAGAACAGGAGAGGCUGUCCCCGUGUCCAUGACAAUGCUCUGAGGAAGAAAGACAAACAAGGCACAAUCCGCUGGAUCAGAGAGGACUCUCUGGUGUUUGUGAAGUGGAUGGACUCUCAUGAAGUCUCCAUCUGCUCCACCAUCCACCCAGCGUUCACCGGGGAAACUGUGAGUCGCCGCUUCAAAAACACUGGCGGUAAAUGGGUCAGGCAGGACGUUCCGUGUCCACAGCCAGUGAUGGAGUAUAACAAACACAUGGGAGGAGUGGAUCUGUUGGAUCAGCUGAUCCAGGACUACAGCGUGCACCUCAGCACCAGGCGCUGGUACUGCACCCUGUUCUUUCACUUCAUGGACAUCGCAGCCACUAACGCCUUCAUCCUGCACAAAGAGCUGAGUGAAGACAGAGGAGAGACGCCGAUGUCUCAAAGAGGAUUCCUGGAGGAGCUGACGGCUCAGCUCUGCGGAGUGUCGGUGGUGAUGCCUCCUGCGAAAGCACCAGCUGAACACUUACCUGUGGCUAUAUCUGCGCAGGAAGACCGGAGCAAGAGAGCCUCGUACGGCAGAAGGUCCUGUGUUCUCUGCAAAAACACUCUGCACAAGCAACAAGUCACCCCCUGGAAGUGCCAGGCCUGUGAAGUUGAGGCUUCUAGAGAAUUCAAACAAGCCAAGAAGCGCGUGGAGAAAACCAGAUCCCGCGUCGAGGAGAGAAUCCAGAAGGCGACCGAGUUAUUCACAAACAGAGACAUCACAGAAGCUGAAGCAAAGAGGAAAGAGAGAGCGUUGAGAGCUCUGCAGCCGUCUCUCCUGAACGACUUCCUGUCUGCGGUGGACACUUUAGCAGGAUUCUGUUCAGGGCUUCAGCUUCAGACUCUGCAUUCUCACUCAGCGUCAGUGAGGAGACAGUGGGAGGAUGUUCGAGCAGAAAUGUCUUCUUAUAUCGACAUGUUGCGGCGAAUGAUCGGGGAAAGGAAGCAGCGGGAACAAUGUGACAGACCUACCUGCACUGGUCGUGGGGAAGAGCCACAGAAGCAGCAGCAGAAGCACCAUGAGACGACCAGAGACAGCAUCUACAAGCUAACGAACCUACAACCAUCUCUGCAGCCGACCAGCAGAGGGCAAAGUUCCGAGCCUGUCCCAGUCGCCGCAGAUAACAUGGAGUCUCCAACUGGCAAAGUAGCGUUGAUCCCAGACGACAUAAACGAGAUUGUGUCAGAGCCUGUUAGCAGUGGUGUGUUUGCGGACGUGGAAGUCGACGCAGACACGGAGCUCACAGAAUCAGAGAAUCCACAAACAGAACCCACGAAAGCCAAUGUUUUCCGGCUGGACUUAAAGACCCGUGUGUCAGACCGGGUUAAGGAUUUCACCGUGAUGGGGACUGAGAAGGGAGUAGGGACCACGCACAAGAAGAGGACGAGCAGGAGGAGUAAAGUGGAAGAGGAUUUGGGUCAAAAAGCGACGGUUUUAUCGGAGAAACUGGUGGAUUUGAAGACGGAGGCAGAGGAGCUGGGUCUGCAGGAGGUCUCGCUCACUGCUCUACAACAAAGAUGCCGGGGCCUGGUGAGACUGAGCAGCCGUUUGUCUGAGCUCCGUCCUGAGCUCCUACACAUCAGAAAUUCUCCGUCGUCAGAAAGUUGUGACGUCAACAUGAAGCAGGAGAUAGAGGAGCUUUGGGAAGUUACAACCAACAUGCUUUCAGAACGGUUGGAGCAGAGUGAGAACUUGGCUGAGCUUCUGAAGAGCGUUCAGAAGAUCCGUGCAGAAGUCGACGACACUCUGCAGAGAGCGGAGAGCACAGUGAAGGAGCAGGCCUCGUACAUGACCAGGACCCACCUCCACGCACUGCAUUCCAAGGUCAAUGAAACUAAGUUGGAGCUGACGGAGAUGGGAGACCGGGUCGGUGAGCUGAGGAGCGUCUCCAAACAACUUCUCAGUCGUUUACAACAAACUCCUGACUGCAUCGACGACGUCCCGUUGGUGUCGGAGGCUCAGAGUCUGAUGGACCACUGGCUGGAUAUCUCAGAGCGAGUGGAGUCUCAGAGUGAAAACCUGGACUUGACCCUGACUCUGUGGGACGGGGCUCUGAGACUGGGGCUGGAGGUGGAGGACUGGACCAAAACACAACUGAAGACUUUUGCUCACUCUCCGUUCUUCCAGAGCGUGGAGCACAUGGCAGCUCUGCAGGAGGAGGUGAGAGCGCAGGAGGAGAACAUCGACUGCUUCAGACGAAUCACCGCCGAGAUCCCGACUCUGCUUCAGACCACAGAGACCCCACUGGAACUACAGGUGGUGGAGGUUCAGAUGACGAAGCACAUGUCUGAGCUGCAGGAGUUGGUCUCUGAGGCCGAGGAGGUUUUCCGUCAAACUGAAGCGGCUAAAGCUAACGUGUCCAACAGACUGACGGAGAGUGUGUGCUCCUUGCACACGAUCCGCGAGGCCCUGCACAGGCUCCGCGGCUCAGACCCAGCAGCAGUGCUCUCAACGCUCAAGGGCCUGUGUGUGCAGCUGCAGGAGGAGCAGGAGCAGGUCCAGGCUCUCCACGAGGAUCUGCAGGUCCUGGUCUCGGUGGGACGUCCCGACAGCGUGGAGGCUCUGUGUGAGGCCGGGCUCAGGCUCCAGGAGACACUCACACAGGUGCAGCAGCUCUACUCCGAGCUCCAGGAGACGACACACAGGGACACACAACUCUACCACAGGCUGCAGCUACAAGUGGAUCAUUUCAGACAAAGACUGCAUGCGGAUGACAUCACUCAGGAUCCCAGAGUACAACCGGAGAAGCACAGGGAGGCGCUCUCUCAGCUCCACUCGCUCUUGAGAAAUUCCGCAUUUCAGAACGCAGCGCUGAUGGAGGAGAGCGGGAGGCUGCUGCAGGGACAGUACACCUGUGAAAGCCACGCACAGGGAGGACCCAGGGAGCUGCACGAACCGGAAGCUCCAGUUUCUGAAGUCUGUACCGUCCACGGAGACCAGAGAGCAGAACCUCCAGCUGCAGAACGAGAAGACCACAAAACAGGAGUCGAACCCGAGAAUCAUCUCUGGUUAAAAGGUCUGAAUGUGGACAUCAUGAGGGAGGAGAGCGAUGAGGACUUCCUGAGCCGCCUGUCUCUGAUCCAGACCCAGCUGGAGGAAGUGUCCGUCUCUGGGGCAGCAGUGUGUGUGGACGAGGGCCUGCUCCAGGACUGCUGCAGCAAACUGACUCUUCUACUCUCAUCGUUAUCUGAGAGAGAGAGGGACACAAGCCAGGAGGUGCUACAGAGACUCGCUCACAUCGAGAAGGUCCUGGGUCCGUUUGCAGAGAACAUGGAUCCAAACGACAGCUCAUCUCAGGGAGCACUUCUCCUCCUCCGCCUCCAGAGGGCGCUAAAGGACAGCUGCAAACAGAUGAGCGGACCACAGCGGGAGGAGAGGAAUGACCCACGCUCAGAGCAAAACACUGCGGAGGACUGUGAAGGAGAGAGGUCCAGCUUCAGGAGGUCUGGAGAAGACACAGAGACAACAAGAGGCAGGAGACUGAGGCAGCAGAGGACGGCGACAAACAAACCAACACAGUCCAGCCAGAAUCCUAAUGUUUUGGAAGAAUUCAUUUCGCUCGACAAAGAAACUAACACCGAAUCCAAAUCUCAACCGUCGCCUCCUCAUCAGAGCGAGAGGGAGAUUGAAACCCGAGAGCCUUUGAGCCCGGAGGAUAAAGGCUUUUCUGCUCUUCCCGGAUUUCACAAACAGACCCAGGUCACUUCUGCCUCCGAUGCUCAACAAACUCAAACCAAUGCCCAAGAAGCACAAAGAAAAAUAUACGCAAAAGUGAGGCCUCUGUGGGAUCUGAAAGGGUUAACAGAGAAUGAAGAGACAAGAGAAAGAGAAGGAGAUGGAACGUGUGUGAAUGAAGACAGGACACGGUUUAUGGACAGUGUUGGGCGACUGCUGGGAGAAGUAUGCAGGCUACGGCUCCCCGGGUUGUACGAGGAUGUGGCCAAGCAGCCGGCCUUAGAAAUGGAAUCGGAGAAGACAGACCUACGGACCGGUGGCGGCGGGACGGCAGAGGGGACAGGUGGAUGGUCGGAGGUCACCAUGAGAGAGGUUUUAGACGGGGUCCAGGACUUGGUGGAAAACAGCUGCAUUAUAAAUAGAGAACCACGGCUCGACCUAAAGUGGUUCCUGAGGUCCUUCCCUGGUGAUGCUGAACUCCAGUUGAUGCAGACGGUUCAGAGAAUGUUUAUUUGCCGCUACCAGCCGGCACUGCUCAACCUCCCUGCCAUGACAAGACAGCUACAAGAGACAGAGAACCUCAAACGCUGUGUUCAGGAGAAAGUGGAUGCAAUAAAACAAAAAAAUGGAGAGGCCUCAAAAAGCCUUGAAAGCCUGUGUGGCGCCGCCCUGCUGGAGGCCUCUGCCACAGCACAAGUGAAAUCUACACAAUUAGAGGAGAUUAGACAAUACCACAGAAGUUUGAAGACAAUCAAAGCAUUCCUGGAGGUGGUGAGGACUCGGAAGGAGAAUAUGAACUUGGACACUCUGGGAAGCUGGGAAGUUAUAGCAGAAAAUCUCAACGCUCUCCUGAAGACUAUGGAGCAUAAAAAGUGCCUUAUUGAUGAUUUUAUCAAGUUAAGCCAAAGAGAGAGGAUCCAAAAGACUGUGGUCGCACUGGUCAGCUGGGAGAGCCUUGUCACAGACGAUGUUAAAAACCUGGAAAACAAACUCAGACUCGGACUACGCUUCGAAACCGAACUUCUUGCGGUAAUGGGACUGCUGCAAACCAUCAGACAAGAACUGGAGGAGGCUGGACCCGUGGAUCCAGACGAGAGGGCUGUGGACGUGAGGCUGCAGAGGCUCUGGGUGUGCUGGAGGAACAUGGAGUCGGCCAUGAGGGUCCUGGAAGGUCUUGCCAGGAAGGAGAAGAAGGAUCUGAGACGUCACGAGGAGCUGUACGCGACCAGAGACGCAGCAGUGAAGGAGUGUGUUGUGCAGAUGGAGAGUCUCUCACAAGCGCGUGAUUCUCUGAAAGAUUACGAAUGGGCCUCACAGGGAGCUCUCGUCUUCCUUGGUAACGCCGAGGCUACGUUUCUGUCAUCCGGAGCGGGAGUGUUUUUGGGGGUCCCAGAGGAGCACAGAGUGAGCCACCAGGCCCUGGAGGCUCUGAGGGCCGGGCUGGAAGCACACAUGAACCAUCUGACCGCUCUCAGACCCCAGCAGCUGUGCCUGUCCCGCACAAAGAUGGAGGAUGUUCACGCGGAGAUCGUUGCUCAGUUUGUGGUGAGGCGAUCUGUGCUGGAGGCUCAAGCCCAACUACGGCUCGAGGAAGCGCACAGGAGUUCCGAAAGGCACCAAAACUACUCCAGUAAACACGCAGAUGUGCAGGAGGUGAUCUGUGGACUUGAAGACGAUCUUUCCAAGUGUGCAACUGAACAUAUCACUUCUUAUGAAAAAUUUGUUUUUCAACAUAAAAGAGCCGAGCAGUUAAUGGGGCAUCUCCAGAGACUCGCUGGGGAGAUGGAGGAGCUGGAGGCUGGACGACCGAUGAACAACUGUGGGGCAGGGAGUGCGGAGGAGGAGGGCGCCCUCUGGAGGAAGUGGACUGCAUUACGGCGUGGCGCUGGCCUCCUGUCGGCCCACACUGAGCUGAAGGCCUGGGAAUGGAAGAACAGGACCACUACUGGACCAGCCCCCUACUCUGCCCGGGGUCCGUCAGGGGGAGGCUCCACCACCUUUGCCCCUGCCGAGCUGCAGGAGCCUGGGCCGGAGCAGGAGCAGUGGACCCUGGGAUCCAUAGACAAUCGCCUGGAGCUCGCCCUGAGCCCACCCCCCUCUGAGGGUCCCUCCAGCCAUGGGCCCCUCAGCAACAGCCUGGUCCAGAUCACAGAUGGACCCAGCAGUUUUGAGGUUAUACACCAGAAAGUGGUAGAAUCUCCACAAGAGACGGAGAAACAGCAGAUAAUGGAAAAAUCAACAGAAGUGGAGAAUCUCGGCUGUGCGUCUUCUACACAAGGCAUUUUUUCCAGUCAAAGUCAACAGGUGAGGCAGAGGAGUGAGCAUGUGGAGAGGAUGGCCAGUCAGGUGGACGAGCUGAGGUCUGGACUGGAGAGAGUCAAGGAGCUUCUGAAGGAGAAGAACCCAGGAGUGGAGGAGGCUCAGAGCGCUCUCAAGGGUGUGUGGGACGAGCUGGACCUGUGGCACAGCCAUCUGAUCCUGCUGGAGGCUGAGGCCCAGGAUCUGGCCGAGGACCUGCCGGACCAGGCCCACCUCCUCAUGGACCAGCUGAGCGAGCCGCUGCAGUGGUACCAGGACACGGCUCACAUGGUGGAGCAGCACACCGCCUUCCUCAGCAAAAUCCCCGCUUGUCUGCGUAAGUUCGAGGACAUCCUGUACAGAGCCACCUGCUGGUCGGAGGAGGCGGAGUCGUGGCUCAGUGCGACGGCUUCUUUCACAACAGCCAAGAGUCUCCAGAGCCACGCAAACUCCCUGCAGCUGCUGUUGGAGGACUCGGAGCGGAUCAGACGGGUUCUUCAGGAGUACAGACCCGUCCUGUGUGACGUGUGUGCAGUGUGUGACAUCACCAUCCACGAGCAGAGACUGAACACCACAGACCAACAUGUGCUGAGUAUGCAGCAAGACAUCCUGCAGCCACUAGGGGCGCUGCUGCAGGCAAAAACAGUGGUAGAGGAUUUGGAGACUGAACUGAAGACCAUAGAGAGAAACGUAUCCAAAAUGGAGGCAAUAUUAUCCUCAGAGAACGAUGGGGAUAUGUCCAAUACAGAACGUCUUCACAACAGACAGGUGGUCUUGUCUAAAGCGCAGUCAGCAGAGCAGGUGCUGGAGGACAUGCAGAGGGUUCAGGAGGAGCUGGAUCUUCCCUCUGACUCCAAAGACAAACUAUUGGUCUUUUGCAAAGCCUCAUCGCUGCUACAGAAAAUCCACAAGCUGCAGAUCCAGGCCACCGCUCUGCAGGACCCAGAGAGCCGAGCUGCAGCGCUGCCGACAAUACCGGAAGAAAAACAGGAGGUGGAUGGCUUUGGACAGGACCCCAGUUUGGACAGCACUGAGUCCUGGCUGUUGUCCGUGAGGCCUUGGCUUGACACCGGUGCUUCCAAACACAUGGAGAGUGAUUUAGACGUUGGGGAUUCACAAAAAGCUUCAUGUCCAGAGCCAAUAUCCACGGAGGUUCCCGAGGUCUGCAAUCAAACAUCUGUUGUCACGGACUCUUCUGGGUCUCCGGCACAGGAAACCCACGUCCUCACCCCGUCCACGGCCAAGUCUGAGCUCGGAGACACAAGAGAGGUUCCCCUGAGACCCAUAACUCCUUUCUCUGCUGUCUCUGACUUUGAGGAGGAGGAGGAGAAGGAGGAAGAGGAGGAGAAGAAGGAGGAGGAGAAGGAGGAGGAAGACCAGUGUCCAUCUUCGUUGGCAGGCCCCACUGAGGAUCUGGCUCCAAACGUCGCCGAUGCCACAGCCCUGCAGCAAACUCACCGGGCUGUGCUCCAGCUCACAUCAGUCGUGAAUCUCGCUGGUCCCUGUGAGCGCGGAGAACUGCACACGUGUUUAAAGCAGGUGUCCGUUUGUUUAGAGAAUCUCGUCCAGCGUGUGUUAGCGUCUGUGCGAGAAGACACCGCGCCUAAGCUGAGGCUGCUGCAGAGUGAGUGUGUGAGAGGAGAGCUGCUGGUGCUGUCUGAACUGCUGCGUCGCGUCGAGACCAUGGAGAAUCCUGAAAUCUCACAGACUGUGGCUUCUCUCCAACAAACGGUGGAAGCAGUCGGCGAGCGGCUACAGUCACCGCCGGACCUCCCUCAACAGCAGGUGACGUCAAAACAAGCGCUCUUUAUCGAUGACUUUGAGAGUGAAGUAUUACAAAGUUCAGAGGAAUCUCCAAAUUGGAUGUGUGUGUUGGUCAGACUCCUGGGGGAGACUCCAGGGUCCGGGGCCGAGCUGAGGCCCGAGCUGAGGCCCGAGCUGAGGCCGGCUGCCCAGUCACUGCUGCAGGGGGUGAGGGCCCUGGUGGAAGUGGGCGAAGAGAGCACCACGGAGAGGAAAAAACUCAUCUUCCGCAGUCCAAGAGAACUGCAACUGCCCCUACAGAGGCUAAAGAAGCUGCAGGAGGUCCUGUCGUCACAGCUGGCUUUUGCUCACCUCCUUUUCCAGCGAGGAGACCGGAAGUGUGAGGAGGAGGAGUGGGCACAGCUGCAGCUCAGGGCCUCAGCUCUCCAGACACAGGCGCUGGAGCAACAAGCCACUCUCCAAUGGAAUCUGCAGGAGUGGACUCAGUGGGAGGAGGAACGUGAGCGUCUGAGAAAGCUCCUGGACGAGAGCGAGGCUGUUCGGACCAGGGGAGAGAAGGAGAGAGGAGGUGCAGAGGAGGUGGAAGACAGGAUUCAAGAGUGCGAGACCAUUCUACAUAACCUUGACCAGAACAACCCCUCUCUGGGUCGUCUACUGGACCGUGGGGCUCAGCUGCUGCCCUCCUCAGUCCCACAGACAGGGGGCGCUCUGGAGCUUCGCUGGCGGGACUUCCACAGACAGACAGAGGCAGAGAUCAGAGGCUGCAGAGACGUGACGCAGGACUGGGCCAGGUUGCAGACGGAGGAGGCUGAACUUCAACAGUGGCUCCCAGGGGCCGAGGAGCGAGUGCAGAAAAGUUUGAACCAGACGGAGACCUCUGACCUCCACAACAGUCUGACCACUCUGCUGGACUUAUCUGUUGAGGUGGGCUCCAUUUCGUUGCUGGAGGCUGUCUGCUCAAAGACCAAAGACAGCGGACCUCAGACCCUCAGCGGACCUCAGACCCUCAGCGGACCUCAGACCCUCAGCGGACCUCAGACCCUCAGCGGACCUCAGACCCUCAGGGGACUCAGGUCUCGGUUCACCCAGGUCUCCUCUGCCCUCUCCCACAGACGGCAGCAGCUGCAGCAGAUUCUGCUGAAGACAUGGCCACCUGAGGACGUGCUGUCGGCCCUGGAGAGCUGGCUCCAGGAGAAAGAAAAACAUUUCAGGGAGAAAGAGAGAGACCGCGCUCCUCUGAGUCACCGUCUGCAGUCGCUCAAGGGGUUAAAGAGUGGCCUGGACUUCGGGCAGCAGCUCCUGGACUCUCUGGACCAGUCCGGACCUCCUCUUGUGGGAGACAAGGCCAUAAGUCUCCUUUCAGAACGAACAAUGCUGGCAGAGAGACUGGGCGCCCUCAGACUGCUCUGGGUCAGCCUACAGGGGGAGCUAGAGACCCAGAUUAAUGGGGCCGAACACAUGCAUCAAACCCGGGCUCGCAAACAGAAAGCGUUGCAGCAUCUUCAAAACUUUAUGGACCAGAGAAAGACGAAACUGGAGCGAUUUCUCCGACCUGGAGGGGAUCUUUUGGCUCGGAAGCAGCAGCAGGAGUGGGAGAUUUAUGUGCAGAGUUUGAAGGACAAAGCAGCAGACGUGGAGGAGUUGAGAGACACGAGUUUGACGGCAGAGAAUGAGAGCAGAGACAAAGCCGGCGAUGUGGUGAUUUCUGAGCAGGCAGAGGCACUUUUGGAAACUUACCAGGGUUUUAUUCAACAGACUGAAUCGCUGCAGCCUCACCUACAGCGCGCCUCAGAGAAGUGGACUCACAUCAACGAACAUCUGAACCAAAUCUCACUUUUCUCCGUGAGACUGCGUUGUUCUCUGCAGCAGCUCCAGGCUCCGCUCUUCUCUCUGCAACAGGCGGAGACACGGCUUCUCCUCCUCCAGGAAUCCCAAUCAGAGACACAGAAACACUCAAACCUUUGGGACGCACUGGAUAAAGAGGGUCAGGAUUUGGCGCAGACCGAUCCAGCGGCGGCAGAAGUGUUGAAGCGAGAGACAGAAAGAGAGCGCACAAGGUGGACAGCCGCUCUGCAGGACUUACAGACGGAGGUGGGAGAAGCACAGGAGAGCGUGUGGAUGUGGCAGGAGCUCACAGACCAGUCCCACAGCUGCUGCCUACAGCUGCAGCGGCUGUGGCCUCAGUGGGAGAGGACUCUGCAGGGCCCUCACACACACAGCCACUCAGUACAGGAAUUCCAAGUCAAAGUGGACCAUGUGGAAAACACCAUGAAGCAAGCUCUGGAAACUUCCCAGCGGUUGAUUGGUCGACUGGAGCAGAGGGCUGCGAGCAUGGUCCAAUCCCACGCCAGUCUCUUGUCACAUGAUGUUUGGAUCCUGAGGCGUCUUUGGCAGGUUCAUAAGAAACAUCUGCAGGAUGACAUAGGUCAACGGGAUCUAUUUAUCGAACGAUUGGAAAGACUUGAAAAUAAAAUCAAAGAACAAGAAGAGCAGAUGCAUGGAUUAGAAGCCGUCGAUGCAAACUUUUUCUCAGAACUCUCGGAUUUGUUUUCGUCCAUGUUUGACGUCAGCGAGAUGAGAGCGGACCUGAGCCUGAGCCGCGGGGACAGAGAGAGACUUAAGAGAGUCCAGAGAUCCUGUGUGGACCAGCAAACACAAGGACUGGAGCUGUACAAGCGCCUGUGCUCCCGACAUCACGACUCUCUGGACUUCGGUGGAAAAUGUCAAGCGCUAACGGAGAUUCUGGAAACACUGAAGCAAGGAUCAGAACCGAGACUCGUUCAGGAUUACUGCAGCCUCAAACAGAUGGCGACAGUCCACCAGAGUCUUCAAAGAGACGUUGAGGUUGGACAUCAGCUUCUGCAUGGACUCAUGUGUGACGCUGUGACACUGGGACCAGAAUCCUUGCCUCGAGUCUCUCACAUCCGGCUGCAGUGGAACGAAGCCCUGGAUCUCAUGAAGCAGCGUCAGUCUUCGGUCCGAGAUCAGCUGAACCUCUGGACCGUGUUCCGUCGCGGACGCAAACAUCUGCACAGAGUCAUAGCAGCUGUGGACUCUCUACUGCCCCCUGCUGGAGCCGCUCUGUGUGGACUCUCCCUGCUGCCCCCUACUGGUCCCUCUCUAUUACCUCCUCCUGAUCCCUCUCUGUCGCCUCCUACAGGACUUUCUCUGUGGCCUCCUGCUGGUCCCUCUCUGCCACCUCCUCCUGGUCCCUCUCUGUCGCCCCCUACAGGACCUACGCUGUGGCCUCCUGCUGGUCCCUCUCUGCCACCUCCUCCUGGUCCCUCUCUGUCGCCCCCUACAGGACCUACUCUGUUGCCUCCUGCUAGUCCCUCUCGGUCGCCCCCUACAGGACCUUCUCUGUGGCCUCCUGCUGGUCCCUCUCUGUGGCCUCCUGCUUGUCCCUCUCUGUCGCCUCCUGCUGGUCCCUCUCUGCCACCUCCUCCUGGUCCCUCUCUGUCGCCCCCUACAGGACCUACUCUGUUGCCUCCUGCUAGUCCCUCUCUGUCGCCCCCUACAGGACCUUCUCUGUGGCCUCCUGCUGGUCCCUCUCUGUCGCCUCCUGCUAGUCCCUCUCUGUCGCCUCCUGCUGGUCCCUCUUUGUCACCCCCUACAGGACCUUCUCUGUCGCCUCCUGCUGGUCCCUCUCUGUCGCCCCCUACACGUGCAUCUCUGUCGCCCCCUACAGGACCUUCUCUGUGGCCUCCUGCUGGUCCCUCUCUGUCACCCCCUACAGCACCUUAUCUGUCGCCCCCUACACGUCGCACUCUGUCGCCCCCUACACGUCGCACUCUGUCGCCCCCUACACGUCCCUCUCUGUCGCCCCCUACACGUCCCUCUCUGUCGCCCCUACACGUCCUCUCUGUCGCCCCCUACACGUUCCUCUCUGUCGCCCCCUACACGCCCCUCUCUGUCGCCCCUACACGUCCCAUCUCUGUCGCCCCCUACACGUCCCUCUCUGUCGCCCCCGGCACGCCCCUCUCUGUCGCCCCCUACAGCACCUUAUCUGUCGCCCCCUACACGUCCCCUCUCGGCCGCCCCUUACACGCCCCUCUCUGGCGCCCCCUACACGUCCCUCUCUGUCGUCCCCUACUCUGCCGCCCCUACACGCCCCUCUCUGGCGCCCCCUACACGCCCCUCUCUGGCGCCCCCUACACGUCCCUCUCUGUCGUCCCCUACACGUCCCUCUCUGUCACCCCAUACACGUUCCUCUCUGUCGCCCCUACACGCCCCUCUCUGUCGCCCCCUACACGUCCCUCUCUGUCGCCCCCUACACGUUCCUCUCUGUCGCCCCUACACGCCCCUCUCUGUUGCCCCCUACAGGCGGCACUCCUCUCUCACAGAUGCGCAUGCAGGAUUAUGAGGCUGGCUGUAGCGUCGUCCCUGCAGCCUCUCUCUGUGGUCUUCUCCAGGACCAUGGACGCAGGACGAGCUCUGAGUGAAGUCCUGACGGAUCCGGAUUCUAAAACACAGCUACAAACUGAGACCGAGACUUUGGAGGAGGCCUGGGGACAUGUGACAUCACAACUGAGAAGCCAAACAGAAGCCGUCAACAAAACUGUCCAGAAGUGGACGCUGUGUCAGGAGAAGAUCGCAGAGCUGAGGGUCGAGCUGGACCGAUGUGGACUGGAGCUGAAGAAGGUCCCACCAGUGCAAUCCAAGGACCAAGAGGAAGCCAUUCAGGAGACAGAGUUCUCCUUGCAGCUUCUGAGGACGGGAGGACUGCGACAAGUGGACGAGAUGAAGUUGGACCUGACCCAGUGCGUGCCGAUCGGGGACUCUGCCCUGUUGGAGAAGCAGCUAGAGCAACUGCACAGCCACUGGGAAGAGCUGUGUGUGAAGGUUUCUCUGCGCAAACAGGAAAUAGCAGAUCGUCUGAACGCGUGGACCAUCUUCAAUGACAAGAAUAAGGAGUUCUGUGAUUGGCUGACGCAGAUGGAGAACAAGGUGUGCCACAGCGCGGACGUGAGCUUCGAGGAAAUGGUCGAGAAACUCAAAAAGGACUGCAUGGAGGAAAUUAAUUUGUUCAGCGAGAACAAGAGGCACCUGAAGCAGCUGGGGGAGCAGCUGCUGUGGGCCAGCGACGAGGCCAAGCAGACCCAGGUCCACGGCUCUCUGCAGGAGGCCCAUCAGCGCUGGCACGGCCUCUUCCACCACAUAGAGUCCAGAGUGAAGAAGCUGAAGGAGACUCUGGCCGCGGUGCAGCAGUUGGACAAGAACAUGAAUAACCUUCGCUCGUGGCUGUGUCGCAUCGAGGCCGAACUGUUCCAGCCCAUCGUCUACAGCAGGAUCCACCACCACGAGAUCCAGAGGCGGCUCGCCCAGCACCAGGAUCUGCAGAGAGACAUUGAGCAGCACUCUGAGGGCGUGGCCUCUGUCCUGAACCUCUGUGACGUGCUGCUCCAGGACGAGGACGCGUCUCAGGGGCCCGGGGCCGAGAGCGAGUCCCUGCAGGACACCAGCAUCAGCCUGGACCAGCGCUGGAGGACCAUCUGUGCCAUGGCCCUGGACCGCCGACUCCGCAUCGAGGAAACGUGGAGACUCUGGUGCAAGUUCCUCGACGACUACUCUCGGUUCGAAGACUGGCUGAAGGCGGCGGAGAGGGCGGCGGCCAACCCCAACAGCGCAGACGUCCCGUACGCCGCGGCCAAGGAGGAGCUCAAGAAGUUCGAGACUUUCCAGAGACAGGUCAACGAGCGUUUGACUCAGCUGGAGAUCAUCAACAACCAGUACCGGCGCUUGGCCCGGGAGAACCGCACGGACCGGGCCAGCCAGCUGAAGACCAUGGUGCACCAGGGGAACCAGCGCUGGGAGGUCCUGCACCGGAGAGUGGGAGCCAUCCUCCGCAGACUCAAGUAUUUCACGGGUCAGAGGGAGGAGUUCGAGAGCACCAGAGAGAGCAUGCUGGUGUGGCUGACCGAGCUGGACCUGCAACUCACCAACGUCGAGCACUUCUCCGAGUGCGACGUCCACCACAAGAUCCAGCAGCUCAACAGUUUCCAGAAGGAGAUCAGGCUGAACACUGAGCGCAUUGACGGACUGAUCGUGUUUGGGGAGAGCCUGAUCCAGCGCAGCGCUCCUGGGGACGCCGCCGUGAUCGAGGAGGAGCUGGAGGAGCUUCACACGUACUGUCAGGAGGUGUUCGGCCGACUGGUCCGCUUCCACCACAGACUGAGCCAGCCCCCGAUUCCUGUGGAGCCUGAAUCCCCCGUCACCAGCUUCUCCUUGGAGUCCAGUCUGGAGCUGAUUGGUCGGUCGUGGUUGGGGCGGAGCCUGAGCAGUCCUUUGGCCACGCCCACUCGGCUGGUGACCACGCCCCUGUCCCGAUCGGGCCGCGAGACUCCGGUCAGUGUGGACUCUCUGCCUCUGGAGUGGGACCACACGGGGGACGUGGGCGGGUCUUCGUCACAUGAGGAUGAGGAAGACGAGCUGGAGGAGGAAGGGGCCUAUUUCAGCGCAGUGUCCAGCCGUUCUGUGUGCGAUUCUCCAAGAUGGCGGACGCAGGACGACCCGGACCUCCUCCAUCUGGAAUCUGAAGGUCUCCACGGAGCUCCGCCCACUCUCUCCAGCACGCCGCGGAAACACGACGACUACAUGCAGCUGAUGUCCCAGUGCAGCGGCAGCAUCGAGGACUUUAGGAGAGUCUCCCUGAUCCUGGAGGACGAGGACUCGGCGGACGAGUUUGGGAUGAUGGGACUGACCGCGACUGGCCGGCAAUCAGGAGUGAUCGAGCGCUGGGAGCUGCUGCGAGCCCAGUCCCAAUGCGACCUGCGGGACCAGGAGGAGCAGGAGGACCAGGAGGAGCAGGCGUGCUGGGGCCUCGACGAGCUCCACGUCUGGCUGGACACCGUGACUCCUCAGCUCCAACUCGUUCUACAGUCUGACUCUCCCAGCACCGUGCAGGACAUGAGCAGCCAGGCCACACAGCUCAAGGAGAUGCAGAGGCAGUUCUCCCUCCACAAGUCCAGCAUGCUGUCUCUGAACCUGAACCCCCUGGACCCCCUGGAGCCCGGUCACCGCCAGGACCUGUCUGUGGUGAACCAGAAGUGGAGCGUGGCCAGCACUCACCUCCAGCUCUGGGAGGCCUCUCUGAGAAAAACACUACUGCGUUGCCAGGAGUUCCACGAGAGCCUGCAGUCGCUGCUGCUGUGGCUGGCCCACGCAGAGAGCAGACGCUACGCCGUGGACAUCCAUCACCCACAGACCUCACACCGAGCUCUGAGGCAGCACCGCGGCACGCUCACGGCCGUGCAGGAGGAGCUGCUGCAGAGACAGAGCCAGCAGGGGGCGCUCCUCUCUCUGUGGAGCCAGCUGCAGCCAGAGCAGACGGAGGACAGCGACGAGGCCCAAGAGAAGCUGCACGUGACGGGGACCAAGAUGAAGGUCCUCCAGAGAGACCUGAGCCGAGACCUGAGGGCCCUGCAGCAGAGACUGGAACAGGAGCCUCAGGCCGACGUCCAAAGAGCCUCCACUGUGCCUCAGAACACAAGGCAGAGGAGCGACCCGGCCCCGCGCUCCUUCCUCCACAGACUCCUGCGCGCCGCCUUCCCGCUGCACCUGCUGCUCCUCCUGCUGCUGCUGCUGUCCUGCCUGAUGCCCCUGCCCCCUGCUGAGCACCGCUGCACUGGGGCCAACAACUUCGCCUCCUCCUUCUCCCCCAUGCUCCACUACACCAACGGCCCUCCCCCCACAUAA